AUGGUGGGGUCGCAGCCGCCGGGCGGCGGCGUGGCGGAGCGGCUGAGCGCGGAGUUUCCGUGCCGGGAUGCGCAGAUCAAGGAGCUGCUCAGCCGCGUGCUGGCGGGCGGGCGUGACGCGCGGGACAGCUCCCAGGGCUGCGUCGCUCCGGCGCCGCUGCUCGUCUGCGGGCCCAGGAGCACCGGAAAGACGGCCGUCGUCAGGGCUGUGUUCGAGGAGUGCGGCGCGCGCUGCGCCUUCGUGAAUUGCGCCCUGCAGCAGACGGACGCGCAGGUCGCCCAGGCUAUCGUAGACCAGCUCCUCGGGCCCGCAUCGAGCGCUGGCGACGACGACGCCCCCACGCCGCUCGUCCGGACCAUGGACGACAUGUGCUGCGCUCUGGCAGAGCGGAUCCCGUGCGACGAGCCGCUGUACAUCGUCGUGGAUGAGGCCGACCGCCUCGAACAACUGAAGCGUGUUGCCGCCAUGCACGAAGCGGUGCCGUACACGCUGUCGCGGAUGCCGCAGCUCACGGGGCUCAACUGCGGCGUCGUGUUCAUCACCAGGAGGCCGUCGCUGCGCGGACCGGGCGCGCACGAGGCCCAGGGAGCGGAAGCGAUUGCGUUCCAACAGUAUACUGGCGAUGAGCUGAAGCAGGUGCUGGUGCACAUGGACGCGGCCGCCCACGGCGGGCAGGCGCGGAAGAGCUACGUGGAGACCGUGCGCACGUUUCACAACGCGCUCAUGCGGACGAAUCGCUGCCUGCGGGAGCUGCGGGCUGCGUUCAGCGAGCUACACGCGUUCGUCGAGGACAGGCUGACGGCGGCCGGGGGGAAAAAGUCCCUGGCGUCGAUCUUUACGUCGGCGGAGUGCCGGGCGCGCGCGGGGCAGAUCGCGGCCGCGCUCAGCGAGGCGCGAUUCACGCGCGGGGCGAACGGCGCGCGCCUCGACCUGCAGCUGCCCGUCGCCAGCAAGCUCGUGCUCAUCGCAGCCUACGUUGCCAGCCGCAACCCGAAACGCACGGACGUCCAGGUGUUUCCGCUGGACGCGGACGGCCCGCGCAAGCGCCGGAAGGUCACGAAGCAGUCGCACGACCGCGCGGUCGAGGCGGCGCAGGCGGCGGAGCACCGCGCGCGGCACGCGUUCACCGUCGAGCGCCUCGCGUACGUCGUACAGGGCCUGCUGAAGGCCGAGGGCGCGGACCUGUGCCCGGACCUGAGCAGCGGCGACCUGCUCGAGCACGUGGCGUCGCUCGCCGCGCACGGGCUGCUCGCGGCGCCGCAGGGCGUCGACGCGCUGGACACGACCGCGGAGUACCGGAGCUGCGUGACGGACCGCACUGCGGAAGAUCUCGCGAAGAAUAUGCAGCUUAAGCUCCACGAGUACCUGCGCCUCGCCUGA